AUGGAUUUCUCAUUCCAUUCGCAGCACUUCGACAGAGUACAAAUUUCAGACCAAGAUUCCAAGCCUGGUCUCCUGUCACCAGAAGCGCCACCUCAAUUCAGUGUGUCUGAGUGGGCGAGAUGGAGAUCCCAGCUAGCUCCCAUGCCUCACUAUUAUCAGGGUUUGAGCGUUCCUCGUGUUGCUGAUGGCGAACCGUACGGCUUGGGCCCGUCGUCUCAGGAGCUCAUCGGCGAUCCAAAUGGGUAUCAUUCCUACCGCUCGCCUGUCACCCCCACCAUGGCUGGCACACCCUUGGAGGUAUUGGCCCCUCAGGCUGGAGAGAGCCACCCAGAUUGGUCACUUUUGCAACCUUCCCAUGUCUUCAAAGACCAGCCAUACAACUAUCCUCAGAUAGAUCAUUUUCAGCCCCCUCCAGACUCCCCGCCAUCGCCGCUUUCUGAAGUCUCAUCCUAUCACUCUCCGCAGUCGCUCGCUGCUUCCAGCCCAGCAAUGACGCUUCAGACAGGAGACCGUCUCUCUCCACGUUCAGGCACUGGUGACAAUAAAGAGGAGCGUACCGGUCAUCCUCCCUAUUCUGUUCUGAUCUAUCAGGCCUUGAAGGAGGCCCCAGGAAACAAGCUUCAACUCCAAAGCAUUUACUCCUGGUUUGAAGCGAAUACAGACAAGGCGCAAGACCCGAACGCGAAGGGAUGGCAGAACAGUAUUCGCCAUAAUCUCUCGAUGAACGCGGGAUUUGAGGCCGUGAAGGAAGAAGUUGAACCGGGCAAAAAAGCAGUGAACUUCUGGAGGCUGACACCGGAAGCCAUCCACAGCGGCGGCAUCCAAUCGACUACCCGCUAUCGCAAGCUCCAACACCAAAAGAGAGGAACGAACUCAGGCCAUCGUGGACCCACACGUCAGCCAUCGGAGUCGAAGGGGGUCCAUGCCACGAAGGUUGUCAAAUCACGAAGCACCAACAGUCCCCAUAGCGAGCGCGCCGAAGCAUAUCACCACCAGCAUAUGAUAAGCAUGAACCCUAGCCUAGGACAUGAAUACGGUCCCGCGAGCCUUCCAGCGAUGCAAAGAUACAUGCAGCACCCCACAGGCCCUGUUGUCGGAUGCACCCCCAUGAUACCAGGCAACAAUACGCUCUUCGUUGAUACGGAACCAGGGCCAGCAUUUGACGGGGGCCAUAACCAUGAUUGGUAUGCUCCAGAGUCGGGCUCCAACAGGGUCCAGGACCCACUCGAAGGUCCCGGUCGAUCAUCAGCAUGGGAUUUGAAAAAAGAAAUAUAA